AUGGCGUCCCGAUUUGCGGGCGCGCAGUCGACAGGCUCACGCACACAGCACAUGGAGCCUCCCGCGCUGCCGGUAUUGCAGGAAGUCGAUAUCGUAUACGAGACGGCGUACGCGCUUGACUUGCAGGGGCGCAAGCACAUCGAUCGCGCGUCGAGUGAGUCGGAGUAUCACCUCGGACAGGCGGGGGAUGCAGCGCCCGAGGCUCUGGAGUUCGACAUGCCGGGUCUGGCGAGUGGGGAUGCGCUUCGUGCUUUCCUUUUCCAGCACCUAAGGCCUGAGCAGGUUGGCGAUGAGUAUGGGGUUGGGUGUGAUGUGGAUGAUGUUUCCCUUGGCCACAUGGCAGUCUUGCAGGCGAAGCUGUGGAUCAAAGGUUCGAAGAGCCGUGGAGCAGUGGGGGUAGCGACCCAGACCCCGUCGCGGCUGCAGGUCUUUGUCGCAGGACAUGUGUCGAGGAUCGUACAGCUGCUAGAAGAGAAACACAUCUUCGUCCUCCCCCAGGACAGCGCGAGGCAGAUUUGCAACCUCGGUAACUUCCACACGAGGUCGAAGCAGUGCCAGUCCCAAACCAUCCGCAUCGAGCCGUUGGUGCACUGGGGCACCGUCACGCCCGCCAGCGCAUCGCAAGCGCACUUCAUGCUGCCUUUCCGCCGCGACGGUGUGCUGAUGAGGGAGCCCGCGGCGUAUCCGGGAUAUGCACAGGUUGUCCGGCGCGCAGCGGCCAAUGCCCCGGGGUACUGCGUUGACUGUCUGGGCUAUCUGUGGGACGAGUGCACUGGGGCGAGAGAGAGCAUGCGUCGGCUCCAGAGUGCUGUUCCGCAGCCGCGCUUGAGGUUUUCGGACGAGGGGCUUCCGCCACGACCGGUCUUGAAGCGCAAGGAGCCUGGCUCCGUGGCGAGGGAUGUCGACUCGCUGGCUGUUGGCGGGAUAAUGGGCGUGAUGGCAUGUCCGAUUGAAGCGGCAGCAGAUGUGCAGGAUCAUUUCGGCGAAGUGAGUUGGCGCACACAUGUUGCACACAAACCAGGCACUAACUCGAGGUCAAAGGCACUUGCUCAGUUUGAUGGAGCCUCUGACCAUCUCCAUGGAGCCUCUGACCAUCUCCAUGGAGCCUCUGAUCAUCCCAAUGGAGUUCAGACGGGCCAUUCGUCCAGCAACGAUCGAGGCAGCACUGCUGUUUGGAUCAGUUCGUCCAGCAACGAGCCCAUGGAGAAGCAAACAGCACGCGUUGGCCCGCUGCGCAGAAGGGAUUCUUUUACUCUCGCUCUACGAACUGCGUCUCUUACGCCCAAGGCUUGUACUCCCGCGGCCUGUACUCCCGCGGCUCCAACGACAAAGCCCUGCUCGAUUGCAACAAAGGACGCUGCCGCCGCCACGGAGAAGUCACGAGUCGAAGGCGCAGUCGCAAGAGACUGUCGCGACAUUCGAAUCGUAGAUCCAACGACUCCACGUGCCAAAGAGCGCAGGUUCGGGCAAGAAGUCGACGCCAACGCCAAAGCACCCGUCGCGCAAGUGCGAAAGUGGCCUCGAAACCACAAGACGACCACGCCCAUGUCCCCAGCGAAGCGGGCAGCACCGGUAAAGCCCGUGAAGCCCGUGGAGCCCGUGGAGCCCUUGGAGCCCUUGGAGCCCGUGAAGCCCGUGGAGCCCUUGAAGCCCGUGAAGCCCGUGGAGCCCGUGAAGCCGAUGCAGAAGACAAAGACGACCAAAGAAGCCAAGAAGCGAAAGACGACCAGAGAAGCCAAGAGGCAAAAGACAGCGCCCGCAGGACAACAAGCAGGCAAGCAGAAGCGAGCACGAACCGCGGCGCCAAAGAAACCCAUGGCUCUAGUAGACACGGCUGUCUUCCCCGAGACCAUGCUCACAGUCAGCCUCGACCAUACGCCCAAGCCCGCCGCCACCCCGCCCAAACUCACCGUGCACUUUGCAAAGCCACCCGCGCUCCAGUCCACCCGCGCCGACGUCGCAGAAGCAGAGUGGAGCGCGUUCCACGGCACACACCCGACGCGCACAGGCAGGAUCUGCUUCUGCAACCAGCCCGCGUGCCACGGCACGUUCAAGAAAGGCGAGGCCCCGCAGAUUGCGCAGUGCGUCAACGGGGACUGCCGGUUCAGAUGGUUCCACUACGCGUGUCUGGACCUGGCGGAGAAGGGCAGGGCGAGGUGGGGCACGCUGGUGUGCUGCGUGUGUCGCGAGGUCGGGGAGCGAGAUGGGGAGAAGGGGUGCAGCGGGCGGAAGAUGGUGGACCUGCGGGCCGAGUGGACGAGGGACGACGUCGAUAUGCACAUGCCCGGCCUCGGGGGAUUCGUGCCGCGAGCUCAUCCGUACGGGCUGGGCGUGGAGACGCAGCUUGGGCCCGAGUACGCGCGACGCAGUGCGGAGACUGGUUGCCUUUGUGGUCUGGAGAGCCUGGGGUACCCACGUUCGCGCCCGGCGAUGCUGGAGGCGGCGUAUCUGCACUCGGACACGUAA